AUGGAUGGAAGGAAUGAUACAACACCAAGCUGCUCCGUCCCUGCACUGGAGCCAUGCUACUCGCAGAUGAUAUGCCCAACAAAUUUUACUACGACCUUCCACAGGAUCAUAAGAAAUCACAUAUGGCAAGUUGACGCGCUGCUAAUCACCGGGGCCAUCUUGGCAGUAAUAAUAGUUGGGCUUGGAGCCUAUGGCCAGCGAUAUCGCCACCACCCUUUCACACGUUUUAUCUUCCUUGGAGCUACCACACUAUUCUUGCCCAUCGUAUCGUCUGUUGUCUCCACUUCCAAUUCCACUGACCCUAGUUACGUCAUGAUCUUUGAUAGGAGUACUCGUGUUCUUGAUCUUGACCCUAAUGGUCCUUCUGCAUUGGUUGCAGCAUGCCAUGCAACUGUCCACAUCGAAUUUCUUGUAAUCUGGGCAUUGCUCGUUCAGAUCGUCAUGGUCAAUACAAGCACAGCAGUCGCCACUGAAGGUCGAGAAGGUCGAAGCGUAGGUCCCAAUAUCACCCUAAUUGUUCAGGUUCUAUGGACCAUUUACCUUGGUUUUAUUACUUUGGAGCACAACCUCAUAGAUUUGAAAGCCUACUUCGAUAUUUUCAUCGGACUAAUCGCACCUUUUUCUCUGAUGUGUGCCAAAAUAGUGCUAAAAUAUUAUGCAUUUGAAAAGGCACGGCGGUCCUUUGCACUAGGACGCAAUCCUGGACUCACUUUUGUUUAA